AUAUAUAUAUAUAUAAAAUGAACUACAAAUAUUAAAUAUAAUUCUUACUACCCUUCUUCUCUCUUUCAAAUCUGAAAACAUCCACUCGUCAAUGGAAGAAGCCAAUGCAGCUACACAGGAUAGAGAUGAAAAAUUCAUGAGAAGAGCAAUUGAAGAAGCUUAUAAAGCUGUAGAAUGUGGUCAAGGAGCCCCAUUUGGUGCUGUUAUUGUUUGCAAUGAUGAAGUUGUUGUUAGCUGCCACAACAUGGUGUAUAACAACACUGACCCUACUGCUCAUGCCGAGGUCACAGCUAUAAGAGAGGCAUGUAAAAACCUGAACCGCGUUAAGCUAUCAGACUGCGAAAUAUAUGCGUCUUGUGAGCCAUGCCCGAUGUGCUUUUCUGCUAUCCAGUUCUCGGAAAUGAAGAGGCUCGUUUACGGAGCCAAAUCAGAAGCUGCCAUUGCUGUUGGAUUUGAAUCUAAUAGUAUUAUUUCAGAUGCUCUAAGAGGUACUGCUUUGUAUCAGAAGGCUAACUUGGAGAUAAAGAGAGCUGAUGGUAAUGUGGCUAUUAUUUCAGAACAAGUGUUUGAGAAUACAAAAGAUAAGUUUCCUAGUCAUUCAAGAAAUGUAGAUUCUAAGUAAAUGAACAUUGGAAUUUGUUUGUGGAAAUGUAAUAUUUGUGAAGUGUGGAUCAGGAUACUGUGUUUUCUUUCAUUAACUAAUAUAAUGAAAUAAAUAAUAUUGGAUGUACUCUUGCGGUUUA